GGCGCUGAGCGGAGCGGAGCCCGGCGAGAGCCCGGCGGGGCCAGCCGAGGAUGGGCAGGGAGCCCCGGCCGCAGCCGCCCCACAGGAGAUGAGUUAAAAUGCAGCACACCACGUGCACGGAGGACAGGAUCUACCACGCSCUGGAGCGCUGUCUGCACGGGCUCAGCCGGGAUGCUGUGUCCAGCCAAUGGGCCGCUGGGCUGUGCCUGAACUGCUGGAGCCUGCAGGAGCUGGUGAGCCGGGACGCUGGGAACUACCUCAUCCUAGUGGAGAAGAUCCUGGGCAAGACCAAAGAGGUGCAGGAGAGCUGUGACUACGACCUGGUGACACCCCUGGCCCUGCUCUUCUACUCGGCCGUGCUUUAUGCUCCUCACCUCCCCCCCGGCUCCGAGCUGCUGCUGCAAGCUGCCAGGGUGUACCACAGCUUCCUGACGUGGCCCGUGCCCUACUGUGACACCUUCCGGGAGCUGCUCACCUUCAUCAGCAACGAGCUCAAGGCGCCUGGGAUCACCUUCCAGCGGCUGGUGAGGACGGAGCAGGGGCUGCCUGUCAAGAACUACCAGAGCUCCACAGUGACGGUGCUGCUGCUGAACCGCUCGGAGGUGCAGAGCGAGUUCCUGUCCAUCGCCGAGAAGCUGAGCUCCAGCGAGCCCCCGCAGCACUCCACGCUGGUGCUGCUCCUCGAGCACCUCUUCCAGGCCACCUUCGGCACCCGCUGUGACCUGGACAGGCUGCGGCCCCUCCUCAAGUCCAAGCCCCUGCAGGAGCUGUCGGAGCUCUACGCCAGCGCUGCCGAUGCGCAGGAGGCAGCAGCCGCCAGCAGCGACCCCACGCUGGCCCGGGAGCGGCUCCAGGCGGUGCUGCGGGAUCUCGCCGGUGCCGCCGCCUUUCCUGCCAUCACAGGCGAGGCCCAGCCCCGCAAGYUGCACCCCAUCCCCAUCCCCCCCACCCGCUGCUACACCUACAGCUGGGACCAGGACAACUUCGACAUCCUCAGCGAUGUCCUCAGCAAGGAGUGCAGCGUCGCUGAGCCCUCAGCCUCGGAGAAUGAGGAGGAGGACGAGGAGGAAGAGGAGGAGGAUGAGGACGUGGAGACGGACGGAGGCUCCCCCGAGCGGGACUCGCUGCUGUCCCCGCUCUGCGCCAUCUCCAGUGACUCGGUGUACUCGGCRCUGUCCGAGGAGGGCUCCAAGGCCUCACGGAUGUCCCUCUUCGGCUCCUCCAAGGACUCCAUCUCGGAGCUGAGCGGGGUCUCCAGGAAGUCCCUGAAGUCGUUCGUGUCCAGCCUGAAGGACUGCAUGGACAGCGGCUACGCCGAGGACAGCGACGAGAGCUCGCUGGACACGGCGGGCAGGACGGAGCCGAGGGCGGCCAAGGAGCACCCCCGGCACCGGCAGUCGCUGACCAACAGGCUCUACAAGCUGUUCAAGAGCAAGAGCCAGCUGGUGCUGCGGCGGGAGCUGCGCGACUGCCCGGGGCCCUGCUCGCUCUCGCUGCCGCUGCGGCGCGCCGAGAGCCUGUGCGCGUCCCCGGCGCAGCCGCGCGUCCCCGCGCGCUCCCGCCGCGCGCUCUCGCUGCCGCAGCACGGCCCGGGCCAGCACGGGCCCGCGCCGCUCGCCCCCCGGCCCCUGGGGCUGCCCCGCCGCCCCUGCCUCAGCUACGACGAGGACGCCAAGGUGGGCACGCUGCGGGUGGUGGUGUUCGGCUCGGACCGCAUCUCGGGCAAGGUGGCGCGGGCCUACAGCGACCUCAGGCUCAAGGAGAGCUCCUGCCCCACGCUCACACGGUACUUCAGGCUGCAGUUYUUCUACGUGCCGGUCAAGAGGAGCUGCGGGGCUCCAUCCACCCCGCAGAUGCAUCAGCACCCCUCGCCGUCCCCGGGGGACACCCCGCCCCGGGCACAGGAGCUCUCCGUGGCCGGGAUGGAGAGCAGCACCAACGACAUCUCGCACUACAUCGGCCUGCUGGACCCCUGGUACGAGCGCAAYGUCCUGGGGCUGAUGAAGCUGCCCAUGGCCGUGCUGUGCCAGUGUGCCAAGGCGGAGGCUGAGCCCCAGCAGGAGUGCCAGGAGCAGCUGCCCAUCCUGGCGGACAUGAUCCUGUACUACUGCCGCUUCGCCGCGCGCCCCGUGCUGCUGCAGCUCUACCAGACCCAGCUCACCUUCAUCGGGGGAGAGAAGAGGACCGAGGUGUUCAUCCACUCGCUGGAGCUGGGGCACUCAGCAGCCACAAGGGCCAUCAAGGCCUCAGGCCCAGGCAGCAAAAGGCUGGGAAUAGAUGGAGACAGGGAAGCAAUCCCACUGACACUACAGAUUGCAUACAGCAAGACAGCUGCCAGUGGCAGGAGCCACUGGAACGAUGUGGAGAAGGUCUGCACAUCCGUCAACCUCAGCAAGGCCUGCAGGAGGCACGAGGAGCUCGCCUCAAAGACAGAAUGUCUCAAUUUAACCAUGACUGAGGUGGUCAAGAGGCAGAACUCCAAAUCCAAGAAAAGCUUCAAUCAGCAGAUCAGCGURUCCCAGAUCAAAGUGGACAAGGCCCAGAUCAUCGGGGUCCAGUCCUCCUUCGCCGUGUGCCUGGACCAGGAUGAGCAGAAGAUCCUGCAGAGUGUCACCAGGUGUGAGAUCUCCGUGUGCUACAAGCCCAGGGACAGUGACCCGCUGGCCCUGGGAGGGUCCCCUGUGCCAGCCCAGGACCCCUCUGAGUUCCAUUCCCUGCUGUGUUUGCCCAUCGCCACCUUCAGCGGGGCUGUGCCCUAGAGGAGCCGCGUCCCUGCAGGGCAGGCWCCRUCCCACACCAGUCCAGGCUCAGCARAAGGAUGAGGACACCCAGCCCUGCCUGUCCCAGAGCCCGUGCAGCCCCAGGGUCACUGUGGUGUGGGUGUAUGGCUGAGCUGUUCCUGCUCCAUCCUUGGGGAAUGGGAUCACUGAGCUCUGGUGCUUCCUGGGGUUCCUCAGCCAGGGGGGUAAAGGGGUUCCUGGAUAUUCCCACUGGGAUCAGCAGCUGCCAACACCUGGGUGGGGAGGGUAGGGCAAGGACAGGGACAUUCCSUGCCAGAAAAUGGUGUGAGUGGGUCUGGGGGAAAGGGGGAGUUCAUGGGGGAUAUUUGGGAAAAGGAAAACCCUCGGCUGAGUGGUGCCAGAUGUCCAUCAGUGCCUGGGAGCUGCAGAUCACCCAGCCCAUGUCCCGGUGUCAUUUCACCUGUGACAGGCUGAGGAUGCUCAGGMCAUGUUUUGGGAUGGGAACAGGUUCCACAAGGCUUCCUUUCAGUCCUGGAGGUCGAGUGUCCUGCGGGGGAGCAGGGAUCCCUCACCUGGGUUGGGUGUGUCCCAGGGAAUGGAGGAAAAGGGGUCAUCCCAGGGCAAGGACAGCUGGUCAUGGGUCCGUGUGUUUCCUGCACAUCAAGGGAGGAAUUCCCAAUUCCUGUGAGAUUUCUGUACAUCCAGCAGAGGAAUUCCCAAUGCCUGUGAGAUUUCUGUACAUCCAGCAGAGGAAUUCCCAAUUCCUGUGAGAUUUCUGUACAUCCAGCAGAGGAAUUCCUAAUUCCUGCAGGAUUCCAGCAUUGAGCUGUAUUCCCUGCCCAGCCCCUGGUCUGGUAUCCUGCUCCCAGCACGGUGUGCCAGAGCUGGACCCUCAGGAGCUGCUGGAAAUCCAUCAGGAGCCAUGCUGAGCUCCCAGCAAGGAGGGAAGCACCAGGAUCACCUUCAGCUCACCUGAGCAGUGACAUUUGCUGGAGGAGGAGCCAGCAGCGAAGCCACCGAGUGACAGCUGCAAGUGACAGCAGGAUUUGGGAUCCUCUCCCCACAGAGACAUUCCAGCCUGCUCCUUCCCUCUGCAAGGCUGUUGGUACACAAAGUGCAAUACUGGAGGGUAUUUAGGGGUGGCCUGACCCCAUGAGCAAAGAAAUAAGACUGGGAAAGCCUCAGGCUGUUUCUGGGGGUUUUUGGGGGAUUGUAGCAGGCACAAAAGCUCCUUGCCUGCUGCAGGCUCCAAGGAGCUYGAUCCCAAGGUUCUGUGUUCCCUGGAUGUGUCUGGAAGGGCCCCCUGGCACUGCUGGGGGCUGCAGGGCUCACCCACAGUGGGGUCAGUUCAGGGAGUCCCUCGAUCCUCCAGGACACAGGGCCUGGUGAGCUCCUGGCAUUGUCCCCAAGGGCUGGUGGCACAGCAGCAGUGUCACUGGAGGUUACAUCUGCCAGGGAAAGGGUCCGAGCCUCCGGGAGCUCCGUCUGUCUCAGAGGAAUGGGGUCAGGUUUGUCUGCUGGACGGCCCCACAUCCCUCCUGGAGUGUUGGGGAUCCCUCCUGUGCCCUGAGUGCUCCUGGCUGCUGGGCACGUUCUGCUCCCGGUGCCCAUUGCUGGGGACAGCCUCGCUUGGGCCCAGGGGUGAUCACUACUGUCCCCAAGGUGCCCCUGGUGCCCUCAGCAGCUCCGGGUUAAGCCUCUCCCGGUGAGGAAAUCCGAGAUGUGCCGGUGCUGCUGAGCCCUGUGUGCUCCCUCCUCCCACCCACAUCCACCAUCCCUGGCUGGAGCCGCCCUGGGCACCCAAGGACAGCCCCUCGUGGGGUGACACGAGCAGGGGCUCUGUCCCCACCAGGGAGCAGGGCCAGCCAGGUGUCCCAGCAAGGAUCCACCUUCCCUGGCUUCAUGGCAGCCCCAGGAGUGCCCACCUUUCCCAGGUGCCUGCAGCAGUGUCUGUGCUUGGCAGGGACCCCUGGCACUGCCAGACCCUGCUGGGCUGCCUCUCCUUACAGGAUG